AUGUCGAUCCCUCCGAAAUUCGCGGGUCUCAAGCUUUCUGCUGCUACUCCACAGGAGAGCCAGCACACGCUAGAAUUGUACCUCGACUAUGUCUGCCCAUUUUCCGCUAAGAUGUUCAAUACUGUUUAUGCAUUGAGCCCCAAAAUUGUUGAGCAGUAUGGUUCUCAGCUUCAGAUUAUCCUUCGGCAGCACAUUCAACCAUGGCAUCCGUCCUCAACACUUACACACGAAGCUGGCGUGGCGGUUCUUCGUUUGGCCCCAGAGAGAUACUGGGACUUUAGUGCGGCCUUGUUCAAGCACCAGACCGAAUUCUUCGACGUGAGCGUGGUGAACGAAGCGCGGAAUGCCACAUACGAACGACUAGCCAAACUUGCUGGAACAGUUGGGGUGGACGAAGGGAAAUUUUUGGAUUUAUUGAAGAUUCCAGAGACCCCCGGGGCAGAUGGGCAACUGAAUGUAGGUAACAAGGUCACUAAUGACCUCAAAUGGAUAAUCAAGACGGAUCGAGUGAUUGGAGUCCAUGUCUCGCCAACCGUUUUUUUCAAUGGAGUGGAGGAGCGAGGCAUUAGCAGCGGCUUCACAGCAGCCCAAUGGGAGGAAUGGCUGUCCCAGAAUGUGGUUUGA